AAAUGAACUAUGUAAAUAGUCAACAUACUGAUUAAAUUUUAAGUAGUGGGUAGUGUUUUGGACGUGCGUAUUAGCAUGACUGGAAACUGGCUCACGUAGACUGAUAUGUAUAAUGUAUAAAUAAUCUCAACACAGUGACAGUUGGAUCAUAUUAUUCUUAUUAACUGCGCGGUCAGUUACGAGUGCAGGGCUUACAAGUGUUACAGAUUGAAGGAAAAUAAUUCAAAAGAAAUGUCGCUGUUAAAAUAUAUUAUAAAACAUAAAGAGGUAAGGAAUUCAUUAUGCUGUUUACUGAUAUAAAGAAUAAAAAAAUUCAUAUUCCUGCACAUGCUACUAAACUGCUAAUAUACAACAUCCUCGAAAAGGCUUUUUUUAUAGUCAUAUAUAGACCGUAUAUAUAUAUAUAUAUAAUAGUUUUUCGUUUUACCUCAAAAAACCACAACAGUCUGUUUCAUCCGUAUAGUCUGUUUUCAUCCGUUGUAAUAAAUUUGUUUUGCUAAGUUUUUGUGUCUUUCUAUUAUGCUCUGGUAAUCCAUUGAGCACACUAUCAUUGGUUUUUACAUAGGUUUUAUAACCCAACACAAACUAUAGUAUAAUCACAAUUUAUUUCACGAGAGCCUGGUAAAAACUGCCAAUUGCGACUAAAAGUAAGUACUUAUAUAGUCGCAACUUUCCUGGUUUGCAUUUUUGAAUAUCAUUCUGUGGCUUGAUGUGUUGAAACUGCAUAUUCAAGUACACCGGGAAAUUUAUAUUAUUGUUAUAAGAUGCUGUGUUUGCCCAAAAUAAUGUCAAAUGAACUUUUGCUCGACCAAAGCCCCAAAGGUAAAUGUGCUGUGCUCAUGACUUUAUAUAUUUAAUGAAGUGAAUACAGCUGUCAUCUAAUGAUCUCAGUAAGCGGGUUUGAAUACGUUGCCAUCAUUCAAAACACCUGAAACAGUAUUGGCAGGCCGUGCAGUAGUUCACGAAGUUGGGAUCGAUACCGGAAAUUUAAACAUAUCUCCUACGCAAAAUUCAAAUGAGUUCUGAUAUCCGAGGAAUUCGGCGAAUAUGCCCAAAAAAUUCCGAACGCAGGUCAAGGAAGAGGUGCAAUAUUUCAUCAAGUUACGCAUGCAUUAAGUUUAAAAACGAAAAUUGAUCAAGCACGGGUGUGAAAACUAAUUAUGGAAACACUGAAACCAUUAUCGUAAUUUGAUAUGAGUAGAAAUUGCAACAAGGUAUUACGCCAAUGUCAAUGAUGGCAUAACCAUAGCCGUAUGGGGAGGGGGCCGGUGUUGCCCAAAAUUCUAUAUAGAGGAUUGUAAUGAAAUAACCUGAAUUUAACAUAUUUUCUGAUAAUAGAUUUUUCAUGGGAAAAUAAAUUUUAAAAAAAAUCGAAUCCGCCAGAAUUUUCUUGUCAUGGUUGUCUAUUUUUCAGUAAAAGAGCGGCUCCACAGUACCGUUCCUUGGCAAACUGAAAAUAAAAUGAGCUGAAAAAACCGAAUCAGAUCCGACGUAGAGAUGUACUGUAGCUUUCCAAAAAGCAGCGUAUUUUACGCUUCUGCUUCUUUACGCCAAAUAUAUUGCUUGGCUGACUAAUACUUAAUGAAUAAUGACAAUAUAUAAUAAAGUAUCCGACUCCAGAAUAAAACGCAAAAGGCCGCAUGCAUCGGGCCUACUUUAUAAUUAUAUUGACUAUUGUAUAGCUAGCUAUACGUACAGUUUAUAAUUACACGAAUUUCAGAAUUAGUUUUUAUGUUUUAGAUUACAAAUCAGGUGAAAAAAGUAUUAAAAAAAAUCCCCCUUAUUUGAAAAUAUGAUAUGCACGGCCGCCUUACCGCGUUUAUGAAUAAAAUUUGAGAACGCAUAUAAUUACUGUCAAAUAACCUGCUCUGUAUUCUAUAGUAUAUAUUGGUGGCUUCAAAUAUUCUGAUGAGGCCGCUGCUCUAUAUCUAUGAAUAUCGGAUCAUGUAAUGUAAAACCCUGACGAACUGUAUUUCAAAUAUAGAAGCGACAAGUGACACUGGAAAAAUUUUUAAAAUCCAUAGAAGGUCAUAGAAUGGAAAUUGUAUGGACCUUUAUUGGAAAUAGAAUGGAUUUUGGUUAUCCAUAAUAAUUAUACAUUAGUCCAUAGCAUGGAUAUAGUAUGGAAUAUAGUAUGGAUAUACUAUGGAUUUAGUGGUGCAAUUGCAAAUUUCUUAGUAUGGAUUUCACUUUUUUUUCCAGUGUGACGUUUACCAGAACAGUCUGAAAGCUCGUGAUAAAUUAAUAUUUCCAACCAGAGAACGUCUCAAAAAUCAUAUUCAAUCCUGGUCGCACUUCUAUAGCAUUUUUAAAAGUACGAGUAGGCUUAAUCAGUGAUAUCGAUUUUGUGGGUUAAUUAAUACUGUGAUAUCGAUAGGGUUAUAAUCAGUAACAUCGAUAGGGUUAAUCAGUGAUACUGAUUUUCCUUCACGUGAUCUACAAAAUCCAAUGUUUUCUUCUCAACUUUCCUCUGCAGAUUGUUCCAGUUCUAGCAUGUGUUGGGUUUGGUUGUUCGUUUGGAAUAUUCAUGUUAACAAGAGCUGCUGUGAAAUACCCAGACGUCGUGUAUGUUUGAAAUUUACUAGAUUUUUAAAAUUUUCGCACAAUCAUACAUGCAGUUAAGGCUGGUUUACGCUAUGAAAAUUUCUGUGAUCAUAGAGUAGGAAUUUUGCAUAGUUUUUUCUAGAAUUUGUAAGAAAUGUUUGAGGUAAUUGACUCCGCGGUUCAAUGUAGAGAUGACAUUCCAUUCCAUUUUAUGAUUGACUUCCACUACCGCUACCGCUAAGGGACCAUCAAUCAAUCAGAUGCGUUUGAUAUAUUCGAUUAACCAAUCAAAUGCGUACUAAUUAGCCUGUUAGAGGUAGUAGCUGAGCGGUAGUGGAAGUCAAAUCUGAACCUCUAUAUUCAAACAAAUUCUUCAAAACUUCCUAGUGUGUACAUGUUCACAGAAACGUUGCAUGCGCAUAGUUGUAAGCCAGCCUUUACACACUCUAUUGACACUGUAUUUGCACGUGCAUCAGAACCUUUAAACACGGGGACCCUGGGUACGAGGUUGAUAGUAUUAGAAUGCAACAAAUGUGACAAAUAUAAUUAAUUGAUUUAAAGUUUGUUCGUUCACUGCAACCAGGUAUAUCAAUCAUGUUUCGCUCGCUACUCUAGCUGGUUUAAAUAAAUGAUUAGAAAGCCCAGUCGAAUUGUAAUCAAGACCCAACGUUUCGACACUCCAGUCUAGUGUCUUCGUCAGGGGUGAUCCAAAGAUGCAAUCCCCCUUCGGUAUAUAAGAAGCAACGAUUGCAUCUUUAGAUCACCCCUGAUGAAGACACUAGACUGGAGUGUCGAAACGUUGGGUCUUGAUUACAAUUCGACUGGGCUUUGUAAUCAUUUAUUUAAUUAAACCAGAGUAGCGAGCGAAACAUGAUAUAAUUAAUUGAUCUAAUUAAGCUGAUAAUUCGAAAAAUGUCAAAUUACAUUAAUUACUACAGACUACAGUGGUUCAUAUAGUACGAAUUUCUUGUUUAGGUUUGACAAGAAAAAUAAUCCAACUCCGUGGUUAAAUGUUAAGCCAAAUCAGCAAGUCAAGGUGAGUAUCAACUUAGUUGAUGGUGCAAGUUUUGAUGAAAGUUAAUCUAACAAGCCAAACAAUGAACAAACAUGAUUCCAAUCAAGCAAGCAAAGAAAUAUUUUGACAUUAUAAACAAACUAGAAACAACAGACACCAAACAAAUAACAACAAACCAACAACUGUGGUCAACAAGAAAGCGCAAUCUUUUGGCCAUGCACUACUCACGAUUUAACCAAUAUUGUAUGUAAUAUAAUAUGUUAUUUUGUACAUGUCGUUCUGAAUUUAAAGUGCAUAUGACAUGAAAUUUCUUAUUUUCUUAAAGGAAAGAACUCUUUAAGCUGUAAUGUAACUUAUUUUUUAGUUUCUUGUUUUUAUGGUUUGUUCCCGAGAUAUUUCAAUUUGUUUGAUAUGUAAAUGAGUGUGAAUAUGUCCGCUAAUUUAUGACGUCAUGUUGGUUGCAAACUCUUCAAAAUGGUCGAAUAUCAUUGCUAUCAUCCAAGAUGAUAAUUUCAAACUUCACUCACUGGUAAAUGUGAUGAAACACUGUAGAAAAACGUGAACAGAUAUCUAAAGUUUUUAGAGUUAAUAGAUUUACAACCAGUGUAAGUUGAGCUUGCAGCCAACGUGACGUCAUAAAUUAGCGGACAUAUUCACACUCAUCUACAUAUCAAACAAAUUGAAAUAUCUCGGGAACAAACCAUGAAAACAAGAAACUGAAAAAUAAGUUACACUAUAGCUUAAAGAGUUCUUUCGUUUAAGAAAAUAAGAAAUUUCACAUAUGCACUUUAAUAAAUUGUUUAAAUACAAACAAAUAACCACCAUGAACAAAUAAACCAGGAAAUCAUAAACAAGAUUAAACAACAAAUUAAACAAAUGAAUAACAAACAAGUUAAGAACAAACAAACACAGAAAGAACGACAAACAACAAAUAUAAGAGACAGCCAACAUGCAACGAACAAAAUAAACAAACAGCAAUUAAGAAAACAAUUAACAAACGAGGAAAGACAAAUAAUGAAUGUAUAAUACACGAAUGCUAAUUUAUACGAACAAUAAACAAAAAACACUUUUUACUGCCGCCGCCACCCUGGUGCGAAAUAAAUCCUCCAGCCCUGCCAAUGUACGGUAAAGAACGACCACGGUUGAUGGCAGGGAUAUUUACAAAAAUUAUUUCGUUUAUCUACUGUAAAUCUACUGUGUACCCAGUGGGCCUACUAGUAGGCCUACUGCCAUAAAUGAUAAACGAACCCUUAACGAGCUCUAUAUAACUAAAAGAAGUUAAAAUAGAUGUAUUUAUAUGAUUAUUAUCGUUUUAGCUUUAUUCUCCAACGGAUUUCUCCAAGAUAACAACCGACAGACCAAAUAUUGACUAGUAAACCCGCAACAAUUGCCAAGUUUAAUUGAAUAAAAAAAAGAAAAUGAAAAUUGAAAUGUAAUUACUAGAAUCUGAGUUAGGUGCUGUGAGUUGGUGACAACCCAAUUCCAAUUUUGUACAGACUAAUUUAAUAAGUAAACAUGCAUAGUCAUAGAGUAUUAUAUAGUUUAAAAUAUUGUUGAGGGAUUGUAGAUAAUUAUUAAGAAACCAAAAAACUAUUUAUGGUCAAUAGUUAAUUAGAUGUAUAAAUUUGCCAGUAUAUCUUUUCAUACAAUUGUUAACAUAACCGAAAUUAAUAAUAAAAGUAGCGCAUUUUUUGCGUGAUAGCCUUA